AAAACUGAAAAUAAUCUACUCGAAGAUAUGAACAACAUGAUGCGUGGUUAUUUUGAUGUAGAAACAUUGGGCAUCAAAGUUGAUACAAAACCACUGAUUUCAAAGGAGAACGAAAGGGCGAUGCAGUUAUUGAACAAGGCUACAAAGUGGGUAAAUGGCAGAUACGAAUGUCCUCUUUUAUGGAAGGAGAAUGUACCACUAAUACCGGAGUCAUACGACAUGGCACUAAGACGUUUAUAUAGCAUCGAACAAAAAAUGGCUAAAAAUCGUGAGUAUGGAAUCGAAUACAAAGCAAAAAUCGAUGAUUAUAUUAAGAAAGGAUACUGUCGGAAACUUACAACUGAAGAAAAAGAUGCCAAAUAUGAUCGUGUUUUUUAUAUUCCACAUUUUGGUGUGAAAAAUCCCAACAAAAAGGGUAUUCGUCUUGUAUUUGAUGCCGCCGCUGAAAUUAAUGAAUUUUCUUUGAACAAGGCCCUAAUAUCAGGCCCAGACAUAAAUAAUCCACUAAUCACCAUUCUUUUUAAAUUUAGAGAAGGCCCAAUCGCAGUAUGCGGAGAUAUAAAGGAAAUGUUUCAUCAAAUUGGUGUAACGAAAAUGGACCAAAACUGCCAAAGAUUUUUAUGGAGGAAUGGAGAUGUGAAUUCGCCAGUGGACAUAUAUGUCAUGGAGCGUCUGAUAUUCGGUGCCACUUGUUCCCCCACAAUUGCCCAAUUUGUAAAAAAUUUAAAUGCCAAAAAAUUUUUGGAUACACUCCCUAGAGCCGUUCGUGGUAUCACAGAUCGUCAUUAUGUGGAUGACUAUGUCGACUGUUUUCAGUCCGAAGAAGAUGCAGUCAAAAUAUUAAAAGAAGUCAUCAAAAUUCACAAAGUUGCGGGAUUCCACUUACAUGGCAUAAAAUCCAACUCGAAAAAAGUGCUUGAUGAGUGUGGUAACCCCGAUGGCGAUAAAGGUAGUAGUGGCAACACCUUUUGUUAUAAUGGGGUAGAACGAAUACUCGGUAUUCGAUGGGUACCCGCAACAGAUGUCUUUUGUUUUGAUUUAAAACUAAAUAAAGUGGACGGACGAAUAUUAAGUGGUAAAAAAAUUCCAACCAAACGAGAGAUGUUGUGUUUAAAUAUGUCGAUCUACGACCCGUUUGGUUUUGUGAGUGACUUUAUGGUGACGUCGAAAAUUAUAAUGCAAAGUGUGUGGAAGUCUGGUAUACAAUGGGAUGAAGAGCUCCCUAAAGAAAUAUAUGGCCGCUGGAAGUUUUGGUUAGCCCAAUUGCCAAAUAUUGUGAAAUUCAAUGUGCCAAGAUUCUACAACGGUGCUGCAGUGGAUCAGGUCCGACCACAGGAUGUACAAACAAUACGUGGCAAAUCGAGUGGCGGAAAUUUUAGAAAGCAGUCAGGUGGUACAAUGGAGGUGGUGUCCAGGUCCAAAUAAUCCCGCAGAUGAGGCAACAAGGGCAAAUCUAACCAAAGAAUAUGACCCGAACGGGAGAUGGAAAAAUGGCCCAAAUUUUUUAAUGAAAAAUGAGGUGGAGUGGCCGAAUGAAACAAAAACAAAUUCAGGUGCUGAUCGAAGUAAAGUGGAACUUCGUUCAAAGUAUAGAGUGCUGGUGGCAAGAUUAAAAAGGACUAUGGCGUGGGUGCUUCGGUACAUGCAUAAUUUGAGGUGUAAAUUAAAACGAAGUGCUGGUAGAUCUGGAGAGCUGUCAGUUGAUGAGGAAGAAGAAUCAGAGAAGUAUCUCUGUAAGCAAGUACAACAAGAGAUGUUUCGAGACGAUUUAGCCGAUCUUGCUACAAGACAAAGGUUGUCAGAAAAGAGCGAACUCAAAUCAUUAAAUCCGUUCAUGGACACCGAUGGUCUGUUACGUGUUUCCGGAAGAAUUGAUAAUGCCACUUUCUUGUCUCUCGAUGCCAGAAGGCCGAUAAUUCUACCAAAAAAUCACCUGUUUACCAGCCUUUUAGUGGAAUCCUACCACGUUCGUUUUUGCCACAUCAACGUUGCCACAGUUAUGAGCGAAGUUCGACAAAGGUUUUGGGUGCCAUCUCUUCGUCAGCUUUUGAAUAAAAUCAAGCUCAGAUGUCCUAUGUGCAAAGUUAGUCGAGCUAAGCCUACACAACCGCAAAUGGCUCCAUUACCUGUGGAUCGUAUUACCCCAUAUGUGCGACCUUUUUCAUAUACCGGCCUUGACUAUUUUGGCCCUGUCAAUGUUACCAUUCGCCGUCGUAAAGAAAAGAGAUGGGUAGCCCUAUUUACCUGUUUAACCAUCCGAGCCGUCCAUCUUGAAAUCUCCACCGAUCUGUCUAGCGAUGCCUGUCUGCUUUGUAUACGGAAUUUCAUCAACCGAAGGGGCGUUCCAGUGAUGAUUCGAAGCGACAAUGGGACAAAUUUUGUUGGCAUCGCCAAAGAGCUCCAAGGUACGUCUAAUUUUCUCGAUAUUAAUGAUUCGUUUCGUUCAAGUAUGACGGCUCUUGGCAUUAAAUGGGUCUACAAUACACCAAACAACCCUAGUGAAGGCGGCGUUUGGGAACGCUUAGUCCAGUCGGUGAAGAAGGCCUUGUAUGCGAUGUUGAAGGAACAUGCGCCGAAAUUGGAAACCCUUCAAGCUCUGCUCAUAGAGGCGGAGAAUAUGGUGAAUGCGAGGCCUUUAACUCAUAUUCCUGUUUCUCCUGAUGAUUCGGAGCCAUUGACACCCAAUCAUUUCAUUCUUGGAUGUCCCAACUCAACUCAUACACCAGCACCUUUUGAGCCAAGGCUAAUGUGCUUAAGAAAACAAUGGCGAGUGUUGCAGAACAUGAAAAACGGCUUGUGGAAUCAGUGGGUGCGUGAGUAUCUGCCAGAUUUGACCCGACGCACAAAAUGGUGUCUGCCUUCUCAGCCAAUGAAAGUGGGAUGCCUAGUCUUCUUGUGUGAUGGUGAGCUGUCGAGAAGUCAAUGGAAGAGAGGUCGAGUCAUCCAAUUGUUCCAUGGCAAAGAUGGUGUGGCAAGAUCAGCUGAGGUCCGUACUAGUGCUGGUGUAUAUCGUCGUCCUGUUUCGAGAUUAGCUGUCCUUGACGUUGAAGCGCAUGAUGGUGAAGCCUCCCCCUCUGGGUCAGUUCACGGGGGUGGCGAUGUUGGUGAGGGUAACCCUGGUGUUACCAAUAUUUGAAUCAACUGUCAACAAUUGGAGAAAUGGAGAAAUUUCCCAAGCCAACAACGUCAUUUUGUUUAUUUAUUUUUUUGUUGUAAUUUAUAAUCAUCUCAUUGGUAUAAAUAAGCCUGUUAGCCCUUUAUUAGCCUCUUUUGUCGCCAUAGUAAAAAAUAAGUGAGUCAAGUGCUUUGUAUAAAGUUUAAGUUUUUAUAAUUUUAUUGUGUUAAAUUCAUUUUAAAAUGUUUAUUAUAACCUGUUUUUCUUUCUAUUUAAUAUUUGCUCAAAGAGAAUAAACAACCCCUAUGUUAACAACAUCAACGGCAUUGUUAACAACAACGAUCACUCAUUAACCAUCAAAUAAAAUCUUUUAAUUUGCCAAACGGAA